AUGGCCGAACAAUCCUACAUCCUCGCCCUGCAGCCCUACCUGGCCCUCGCCAAAUCCGCGACCGGCCGCGCCGCCGCCGACCUCGUCAUGCAAGCCACGCAGGCCCCAGGCGUGUUCGUCUUCUCCGAGCUCCUCGAGAUGCCAAACAUCCAGGCGCUGGCCGGGAACGCCGACGGCGCAAAGUAUCUGGCGCUGCUCAAGAUCUUUGCCCAACGCAACCACCCUCCCCCCCUCUCCCCCGCCCAACUCCACAAGCUCCGCCAACUCACCCUCAUCACCCUCGCCUCCCAGGGGCCCUCCCACCUCACCUACGCCUCCCUCCUCCACACGCUCGACCUCCCCUCCACCCGGUCCCUAGAGGACCUCGUCAUCUCGUCCAUCUACGCCUCCCUCCUCAGCGCCAAACUCGACACCAAAUCCGCCCUCGUCGAGGUGUCCUCCACCGCCGGCCGCGACGUCGCGCCCGACGAGGUCCCCGCAAUGAUGCGCACGCUGCACAGCUGGGGCGGCGUGUGCGAGGAGCCGCAGGGAGCGCGAGGAGUAUGA